AAGUUUGGCGCACGCCCUCCCAGCCCAAGGCCGCAGUCGCGCUGAACAACAGGCCCGAGUUUAAGAAUAAGGCCAGUGAGAUGCAAUUGUGUUGGCUUUGGAGCCCAUAUGCAGUGCUGAGCUCCUGUAUUAUCGUAUUCGUUCCUUGUCGGAUUGUUUUCGGAGGCGCGAGCUACCUCCCGAGCCAGGCUUGGCAAGCCCUGUGUAUCAUCAUUCCAUGCUUUGUUGUCCUGGGAAUCGCGUCGGGCGUGUUCUGCGUGCCCAUCCAGUGCGACCUAGCUACCGGUUUCCAUGUGCUUGCAACACUCGCUUAUUUCCAGCUUGAUUUAGGCAUUGCCCGCUUGAUGACGGGCCCAUUAUAUGGCGAGAUCAACGUCUUAAAGAUGUUCGUCAGGGAGUUGAGUCCAGUGCCGUCCAGCAGCAAUACACUUGCGGCCAAGAUCAAGGCCAAGGUCAAGGCUCCAGCGUUUGCGAAGGCCCCUCUCUUCGACUUCUGCAUAGAUCUCGUCAGCGUCACUAGCCAUGAAAUAUUCUGGAACGUAUUCAUUUGCGAGAAUUGCUUGAAAUACGGAUCCCCAGUUUGGGUGGGCAUAGUGGCCGUUCCUUUGGCUUCAGGCCUAGCCCAUGGCAUUGUCACCAGUGCUCCAGUUGGUGUACGAAUGGUCCCGCAGUUUCUGCACGUAGCCUUAGCGUAUUACACGUCGGGCUCUGUGGUGGCACCUGCCUUAAUCCACCAAUUCUGGUAUUUGUUAGACCAGAAGCCUCUUUCAGUCAUGAAGCAGGCCAAACGUGAUUGGGACAUCGAGGAGCGCAGCGAGGAGGUGUCGCUGUCGUGUUGGGAUGUGUACUCCAGCGCCUCUUUGAUCCUCACGCUUUGUUUCUAUAUUCCUCUUGAGUAUAUCGUAGGCAGAUAUCCUGUUUUGCGUUCUGUUGAUGCGUGCGUCGAAGCGACCCACCGUUGUUCACAAGCGCACAUCCCUCGUGCCUUGGAGAUCGUCUUGGCGGUGCUCUUCACGUUGCGGGUCAUCAUGCUUGUCGACCAGUGGAAGAUGAAGCGGUUCGCAUACGAUCAGUUCUUGGAAGGCCAUGGCAAUGGAACGGAGCAGCGUCAAAAGGAAAUCGCGGAUGCCGUGGGCGAGCGGCACGAGAUGCAGAAGGCAGCGAAAGAAGGCCGGCUCCUACAACCCAUUCAGUCCGAUGAGUGACCCGACCAUGUAAUCAAGAUCAUUUUCACGGCAGCAAUCAUCAGCGCAACAGCAGUCUUCAAUAGUCCUGUGUUGUCAUCCAUGUUUCACGGUUGCCAUCUUACAAGCAGGUGUAAGAGAUCAUGGCAGUUCGAAUCGAUAGGGCAUUACGGUUACCAAAGGCCAUUGCAAACGCCAUUGCGAGGAUAGUUUGUUUGUGCUUGUUCCACCAUUGUUGAAUUCUCUGUAUGGUUGUUGGGCGUUGUCGUUUCAGUGUCUUUCUCAUCGUGAAGAACGUUGCGAUGCUCAUGGUCACUGCUGCUGUCGGUGCCCCCAAUACGGGCCAGUAGGGCUCCAAGGGGACCCGCAAGGUGGCCCCAAAAGGCAACACAUUGUUUGAAGGUGUUCGGCGUUCUGUUAUUUUGUUCACAUAAUUGGUUCGCACCCAGUCAAAAGGAUUGCGCUCUCGGGGCAUCUGCCGGAUUUGCCGAUGUGGUUGUUGUUGUUGAGGACCUUCGCGACGAGGAUCGCGCCCCCUGAAGACGGGCGGCCGGCCUCUGCCGUCUCUGUAGGCCAGCUGUGGUUCGGGCACCCUGGUUUUCAAAACGUGGCGACCGUCGCGGCGAGGAUGCCGCCCCUGAAAGCGGGCCCGGAGCCCUCGGCCGGCUCUGCAGGCCAGCUGUUCUGCUCUGGCCCUGGCCUCCGAACAGUGGCGGCCUUCGCGUCGAGGAUGGCGCCCCCGAGGACGGGCCGCGAGCCUCUGCCGGCUCUGUGGGCCAGCUGCGGCUCCGGCGUUCUGGCCCUCCAAACGUGGCCACAUUCACAGCGAGGGUGGCGCCCCCGAAGACGCGCUCGGCCUCGGCGGCCUGUGUGGGCCAGAUGCGCCAUAGGCGCCGUGGCUUCCGCAGAGCGAGCAUAUUUGGGGUCAUCGGUGUGGGUAGUUUCUUAUUUCUUGUACUUCUGCUGGUUUGUAGCGCUGUCGUUUGGCAGACGGCCGACCGCCCAAGGCGGCUCUGUAGGGGCUGCCGAGAUC